AUGCGGCCGUCUCGUGGGGCUAAGCCCAAGAUCACACGCCCGCGCGUUUAUGCGCGGCUGCGGCCGAUGCAUGGGCGCGAUGCUGGCAAGCCGGAGCUGUUCCAGAUCGAUGAGACGUCGCUCUCGUAUGUGAAGGAAGAGGGUGGUGAUCCGUGCCGCUACGUUUUUGACCAGGUAUUCGGAAUGGACGCGCAGCAAGAGCAGGUGUACGAGGCCAUUGGCGCCACUGCAAUCGAGCAGAUGCGGCAGGGCUUCAACUCGACACCGUCUCGGCAUUAUGGAAUGACAGCAAGGCGAGUCAUGUGGAAGCGAGGCAGCAGGGAGGACAGGAGGGGAGAGGCGGCAGGGAGAGCGUCAAGGGCGGCAGUGGGAGCCUUCUUCGGGUUGAGGUUCUCCUCGGGAAUUUCGCUCUUGGAAACUCCUGCCAUCCAGUCCUACGACAUAGCAACGUGCAAUGCGUGA